AUGUCAGAACUACAGUUAACUGGCGGUCUCAAGAAACUCAACGAGAAGAAUUAUAACACGUGGGCGACGUGCAUGAGCUCGUAUCUGCAAGGUCAAGACCUGUGGGAUAUCGUUGACGGAACCGAUGUUGAACCACCGAGGGAAAACGAACAAGGCGCUUUACGAAAAUGGAGAAUCAAGGCCGGGAAAGCGUUGUUCGCGUUGAAAACGACAGUGGAGGAAGAAGUGUUGGACCACAUUCGAGAAGUGAAAUCACCGAAAGAAGCCUGGGAUGAACUCAAGAUUCUGUUCUCGAGGAAAAACGACACGCGAUUGCAACUACUCGAAAAUGAGUUGCUCUCCGUGUCACAGAAGGACCUGACUAUCCCACAGUAUUUCCAUAGAGUCAAAACUCUAUGCAGAGAAAUUGGUGAACUUGACCCGGAAAACAAGAUCGGCGAAUUUCACAGUUUCUUGGCUGCUGUUCAAGGAUGGCCAACCCAACCCUCGUUGGGGGAAUUUGAGAAUCUAUUGGCGAGUCAAGAAAAUCUAGCCAAACAAAUGGGUGAUAUGUCAAUCUCGACCACACCAAAACCAGAAGCGGAAGCCCUGUAUGCUGAAAGAACAAAAGGGAAAGAACGGUACAAGGGCCGUGGUCACUACAAGGCCAAUAGACCCAAUAAUAACUAUAAAGGGGAAGUCCAUAACAACCACAAAAGUGAGGCCCAGUCCAGGAGGGGACAUGAGUCCGAUAAGGGUGAAAGCUCAGAUCGGAAGCCUAGAAAUUUUGGGAAGUGA